AUGAGUUCCUAUUUUGUGAAUCCCACUUUCCCCGGGAGCCUGCCCAGCGGCCAGGACUCCUUCUUGGGCCAGCUGCCCCUCUAUCCGGCCGGCUAUGACGCGCUGAGGCCCUUCCCGGCCUCGUACGGGACGUCGAGCCUCCCGGACAAGACGUACACCUCACCUUGUUUCUACCAACAGUCCAACUCGGUCCUGGCCUGCAACCGGGCAUCCUACGAGUACGGGCCCUCAUGUUUCUAUUCUGAUAAGGACCUCAGUGGCGCCUCGCCCUCGGGCAGUGGCAAACAGAGGGGCCCCGGGGACUACCUGCACUUUUCUCCCGAGCAGCAGUACAAACCCGACAGCAGCAGCGUGCCGGGCAAAGCCCUCCAUGACGAAGGCACCGACCGGAAGUACACGAGCCCUGUUUACCCCUGGAUGCAGCGGAUGAACUCCUGCGCGGGUGCUGUGUAUGGGAGUCACGGGCGCCGAGGCCGCCAGACCUACACGCGGUACCAGACGCUGGAGCUGGAGAAGGAGUUCCACUUCAACCGCUACCUGACGCGGCGCCGCCGCAUCGAAAUAGCCAACGCGCUCUGCCUCACCGAGCGCCAGAUCAAGAUCUGGUUCCAGAACCGCCGCAUGAAGUGGAAAAAGGAAAAUAAACUCAUCAAUUCCACACAACCCAGCGGGGAGGACGCUGAGGCAAAGGCAGGCGAAUAGACGCCUGGGCAGGGACCAGGCCCGCGCCGCGACCUCCCUUGGCUUUGCCCCCUUGCCUUCGCCUGCUCCCCAACUUUUCUUCCCGCCUGCUCUCAUCCGGGGGGCUUUCGAAGCUUCAGGGGAGCCCGGCGCUUUGCUAACGCCUCAGCAUUUAUUUCUUACAAGGAAAAAAAAAAAAAUCCCACACAGCCAAUCUCAGCGGUAGAGCGAGGCGCACGGCACACACAGUCCCGAUCUCCCAGGCUGCCCAAGGCGGAUCCGGAUCUCCGGGCCCGCCCUGAAUCCGUCCCCGGCUCUUGUUUUAGCGCCUCUGCACGCCCCUGAGCUCGGGUCGCGGGGUUGCUGGAGAGGAAAGAACCCGGGGACCGAGCCCGUUUUGGUGUCUGGGCGUUUCCGCCUCAGUUCCUCGCCAAGUCCCAGAGAUCUUGAUCACCAA